CUUCUACUUGAUGAAAAAUGCAACAAUCAGAUUUUGGAUUAGCCAAGCUGUUGGAGGUAGAUCGCACUUGAACAAAAUUACGCAGAUGCUGGGAGCAGUGGAAGUUCUGUUCCUCCAGAUGCAUCGUCUUUUAUUUCUCAAUAUUGACAGGCAGAGGAUUAAAAGUAGGUAUGUAUUUUUUUUCCCUGCAUGUCAAGGUAACUCCACAACUGCCAAUAUAUAGGAAAGCAAAAGUCUUUAUUUUAUUUAUAUACUAGUUUUUCUUUUCAUGAUUGUAAUCAAUUGGUAUAAUAUGAUCCAGUAGCUUCUCUACUUUCUGCAUAACACUACGAAUUUGUACCGAAUAAAAGUCUCGACUACUUUCUUUUCGGUUUGUAUCCUCUUGAAAUUCUUCCGCCUUUUCUCAAAACUAGCUCGGAUUAAUGCUUAUGUUAAGCAAAUCUUACCGUGUGGUAUUGUAGAUAAAAAAAGUUGCAUCUUUGAGAAGGGAGACAGGUAUGGUUCUGAUGAAGUAAUUCACGAGCAGUUGGUUUCUUAUUUUACUUGACUUUUUGAUUUUAGACUUUUAGUAAUAAUAUUUGGAAGGAAAAUGAUUCGGCAUUAUUGGAAAACGAGGAUACUGAAAGACUGAAAGUUAAUGCUGCAGCAUAACACCGCCUUCUGUUAAUGAGUUCAUUAGCAAUUGAAAUUUAACAAAUUUUCUGUUUUGGAAUUCAGGAUCUGAUUGGUUUAAAAGAAUGCAGAUUGCUUCUGGGAUUGCAAGAGGAUUCUGCUACUCGUGAAGCUAUUGAAGUUAAGUCGGACCGAGCAGAAUUACGCAGAUGCUCGGAGCAGUGAAACUUUCUGCUCGUCUCUGUCCUGAAUGUCUAGCCAUUGCAUUUAUGUUAAAUCAGUGCUGCCGAUUCAUUCCAAUGCUCAAACCAACACUAACAUAUCUUUGGGAUCGUCCCUUACUGCUCAGAAUGAUAACGCUUUCUGGUUAUCUCCAUCUGGCGAUUUUGCUUUCGGAUUUCAACGAGUAGACACUGGCUACUUACUAGCAAUAUGGUUCCAUAAGAUUCCUGAAAGAACCAUAGUCUGGUCAGCUAAUAGAAAUAAUCUAGUUGAAAUCGGAUCCAAAGUUCAACUCACCAGAGAUGGUCGACUGGUCCUCAAUGAUCAGUCGAACAGAUUAAUAUGGAAUGCCAAUUCUGUUGCAGGAGUUUCAUAUGCAGCCAUGCUGGAUACUGGAAACUUUGUGCUAGCGGACCAAGAUUCUGUCACCUUGUGGGGAAGUUUUGAUGAACCGACAGACACAAUAUUACCAACACAGACUAUGGAUCAAGGAAGUGAACUUAUUGCUCGCUAUUCAGAAAGAAAUUAUUCAAAUGGCAGAUUCAAGUUUUCGCUACAAACUGAUGGGAAUCUUCUCCUGUACACCACAAUCUAUCCUUUCGAUACUACUAAUGCUCCUUAUUGGUCUACACAGAGUUCCAUAGGCAGCGGUUUUCAGGUGAUCUUCAAUCAGUCUGGAUAUGUGUUCCUCGUCGCAAGAAAUGGAAGCAUACUCAACUAUGUGUUUUCUAAUGCAGCAUCAACGAGAGAUUUCUAUCAACGGGCAACCAUUGACCUUGAUGGGCCUUUUAGGCAUUACGUCUACCCAAAGAAUGCCAGUUCAAGCGCUGGAAAGUGGCCAUCUUCUUGGACAAUUUUAUCUUUCAUACCUGGAAAUAUUUGCACGAGAAUUGAGGGGAAUACUGGUAGUGGAGCUUGUGGCUUCAACAGCUAUUGCGAAUUAGGAGAUGAUCAAAGACCAAACUGCCGGUGCCCUCCUGGUUACAGUUUUUUGGAUCCGAAUGAUAAGAGUAAGGGAUGCAAGCAAGGGUUUGUUGCACAGAAUUGUGAUGCAGCAUCUCAGGAAACAGAAUCUUUUGAUCUAGUUGAGAUGCCUAAUACGGAUUGGCCUCUUUCUGAUUACGAAAGUUUCAAUCCAGUGAGUGAAGAUUGGUGCAGAGAGGCUUGCUUGAGCGAUUGUUACUGUUCUGUUGCCAUUUUUAGAAAUCAAGAUUGUUGGAAGAAGAGAAUUCCUAUCUCAAAUGGGAGGAUUGAUCCGGGCGUUGGAGGAAAGGCCCUAAUUAAAGUUCGGAGAGACAACUCCACUUCAAGUUUAAACAAGAAUGAUAACUCAACUUUGAUCCUCAUUGGAUCAGUAUUCUUAGGAAGCUCUGGCUUUUUAAAUCUUCUCUUACUGAUAGCAGCAGUUCUUAUGUUCCUUAACCGCCGUAGUCAACAAAGAUCAAAGAUAGUUGAGCCAACCUCGCUCCAAGUCACGUUUGCUAUGAAUCCGAGAAGUUUCAGUUACAACGAGCUAGACGUCGCAACUGGAGGUUUCAAAGAAGAACUGGGCAGUGGUUCUUUUGGAACUGUCUAUAAAGGGGCUAUAGAAUCCGAAGAUACAAAACUUAUCGCGGUGAAGAAGUUAAAAGAAGUGGCGACGCAAGGUGACAAGGAAUUUGAAGCAGAAGUGAAUAUUAUAGGAGGAACGAAUCACAAAAAUCUAGUCAAACUUGUAGGAUUCUGUAACGAAAACAAACACCGACAACUAGUGUAUGAAUACAUGAGCAAUGGCAGUUUGGCUAGUUUCUUAUUUGGCAAUUCAAGGCGUAACUGGUAUAAAAGAAGGCAAAUAGCUUUUGGAAUAGCAAGAGGUCUCUCAUACCUCCACGAAGAAUGCCGCUCGCAGAUCAUACACUGCGAUAUCAAGCCACAAAACGUCCUUCUAGACGAAACUUUUACCGCAAGAAUAUCAGAUUUUGGACUAGCCAAGCUUUUGAAGACGGACCAGUCUCAAACUACGACAGCAAUCAGAGGAACAAAAGGAUUUGUGGCACCCGAAUGGUUCAAGAACAUGCCGAUUACAUCCAAAGUAGACGUGUACAGCUUCGGCAUUCUGCUGCUGGAGCUGAUAUGCUGCAAAAGAAACUUUCAGAUUGAUGCUGAAGGGAAAAAUCCAGUAAUACUGGCUGACUGGGCUUACGAUAGCUAUAAAGACGGCAAUGUGCAUACGCUAGUGGAAGACGAGGAGGAGGCUGUGAAUGACAUAAAGAGAGUAGAAAGGUUUGUGAUGGUGGCGAUAUGGUGCAUUCAGGACAAUCCGUCUUUACGACCCGCGAUGAACAAGGUGAUUCAUAUGCUUGAAGGUGCUGUUCAAGUCUCUGUCCCUCCAGACCCAACCUCAUUUUUCAGCACUAGUCUAGAACUAUAAACUAAAUGCCAUUUCUUCAGCUCUUGUGAAAUGGAAUGGUUGAUAGCAGCAACCAAGCAUCUGUGUGAGUUUACAUUAUUAGUAAUAUUGUACAAAAUCUUGUUAAUUUAAUUGAUAGUUUUGAUCAUAAGUGUUGUGAAUUCAUCAAUUAAUUUAUAUAAAGCUUGUUGGUUUUA